AUGGCCGGUCUAUCAACACUCAGUCUUGCCAGUUUAGAGCAGUGGCUAGAUCGCCUUGCCAUCUCAGAAAUUCUUACUGGGACCAAUGAAGCCAAUCUUCUCUCAAACCCUCUUGAUAUCUGCCGGUCGUCCCUGGCUCAUGCCGUUUCCAACCUUGUGACGGGUGACAUUCAAGACGCAUUCAAGUCUAUACAGUGGCCGAAUAAUAUAUUCAAUGGCGACCUGUCUGUCACCAUCCCGAGAUUGUGGCCAGGAUGCAAGCCAGAUGAGUUGUCAGCGGAGUUGGUGGACAAGUUCCCGAAAGACCAUGGUCUGUUCGACCCUCCUAUACCUGAAGGGGUACAUCUGAGAUUCUUCCUCAAGCUCGAUGCUGUACCACGCUUUCUAUUGCCGUACAUCUUGGACAGAAAGAGCACAUAUGGCAGCUUUUUGCCGAAGGAACAUGUGCGCCAGAAACUUGUAGUUGAGUUCUCAUCGCCAAACAUUACAAGCGAGUUCCAGGGGAAACACCUUCGCAGCACAGUUAUUGGCGCCUUUAUUGGCCAGCUAUACGAAUCAAUGGGAUGGAAUGUUACGCGCAUCAACUACCUCGGCGAUUGGGGUAAGCCAAUUGCUUUACUCUAUGUUGGAUGGGUGAAGUAUGGUUCAGAAGAGGCAUAUGAAGCAGAUUCCGUUGGUCACCUCCUCCAGGUCUAUCACAGGAUUGAAGAGGACUUCAAGCCAGAGCAAGCUGCAAGCAAGCAGGCGCGUGAUGAAGUAGCCAAAGAAGGAGAAGAUAAAGGGGAGGCUCAAGUUGAGAUUGAAAGCAAAGGCAUCUUUGCCGAACGGAAUGAAGCCUUCAGGAAGCUCGAAGAUGGCGACGAAAUUCUUGUGGCGUUCUGGGAACGUCUCAGGAAGGUCAAUAUUGACAACUAUACCGAGUUUUAUGAACGACUCGGUAUUCACUUUGAUGAGUACACUGGGGAGUCCCAGAUCUGCCAAGACACUAUGAUCGAGGUUGAGCAGAUGUUGAAAGAAAAGAAUAUCUCAGAGGAAAGUGGAGGAGCUUGGAUCGUUCACAUGCAGAAACUAGGAAUAAAAUCCGGAACUGCCAUUAUCCGCGACCGCACUGGAGCUAGCACGUAUCUUCUUCGCGACCUUGCUGCCGUACUGGAGAGGUCGAGAAAGUACUCGUUCGAUAAGAUGAUUUACGUUGUGGCCAGUGACAACAGCGUCCACUUCGGUCAGCUCAUCAAGAUCUUGAAAGUCUUGGACUUGAAGAACCUUGCCAGCAAACUACAGCAUGUCAAAUUCAGCGAAACUUCGAGGAUGGCAGCAGCACUGGGCAAGGGCUACAAGCCCCAGGGCAUACUGGAUGCAUGCGAGGAAGCAAUGGAGUUACUGUCUGGAUCAGACGCAAACAAACUUGCUUUGAUUGGUGAACUAGAUAAAGUCAAAGAGGGUCUAGCAACAUCCGCACUUCUCAUCCAAGAGCUUUCCACCCGCCUGGUCACCGCGCAUGCCUUCGACACCAGCGCAAUGGCCUCUUUCAAACUUGGAUCAGGACCAGAUCUCCAAUACUGGCUAGCACGACUUCAUCUCCUCCUCAAAAACGUCGAUUCUAUAGCUGAACCUUCGGAUGAAGACUACGAAAUACUGGCAGAAGAAGACCAGGCAAACCUUUUGCGUAUCCUGGCUCAGUAUCCGGAAGUCGUAAAGGCAACGUAUAGCUCACUUGAGCCGGCCGGCAUCGUCACGUAUCUCACUAGCGUGACUGAGCAGCUGGCCGAGUGCCUUGCGGAAGAUGAUGGGGCUGAGGAAGUGGACAGGGAGGAUGAAGAUGUCACUCCAGGACUUGCUGCGCUAUACGAAGCCACUGCGAUUGUUCUAGAAAAUGGCAUUAGAAUGCUGGGCCUAGUUCCGGUAGCCACUUCAUCCUCGCCAGAGAGAGCGGAUACACUAGUGGUGGGUUAG